GUAGGGGCGUCCCAGUCUGUGCAUGGGGCUCGAACUUGGACUUUUCAUCAGAUCAUAGGAGAAAUAGUUAAAGGUGAGAAGUAUGGAAGCGCUCGUUCUCCCCCAUCAGAAACGAACAGGCAACAUUUCCCUGGUAACACCGUCCAGUUACAGCCCAGCCACCAAGAUCACACUAGGAACGGUCAAUUCCAAUGUGGGAGCCCAGAUGAUUUUAAGCACACCACAGAGAGUGUCUCACCCUGGAAAUAUCCUCAUUGGCAGCCCGUUCACACCGCACACGACACCGGUUGCCAUGGUUACUCAGGCAUUACUUCCCGAGGGCAAUGAGUGGACCCCGGGGAACCAAAAAAGGACACAUGACUACAUUGAUUCCUAUUACUCAGACAGGGAUGGACUGUGUUCGAGUGAUUCCUCAUCUAGUAAGAGAAUGAAGAGAGCAGAUAAGAACGGUAAAGGUCUGAGGCAUUUCUCCAUGAAGGUGUGCGAGAAGGUACAGAAGAAAGGCACCACAUCCUACAAUGAGGUGGCAGACGAGCUGGUCGCUGAAUUCACCCACGCCAGCAGCCUGAUACCCACUGACUCUGUGUACGACCAGAAGAACAUCCGUCGACGCGUUUAUGAUGCACUCAACGUGUUGAUGGCCAUGAACAUCAUCUCUAAAGAAAAGAAGGAGAUCCGCUGGAUUGGCCUGCCCACAAACUCAGCCCAAGAGUGUCGCAACCUAGAGUUGGAAAAACAGAAGCGCUUGGAAAGAAUCCGGCAGAAAAGAGCCCAGCUAGAGGAGCUGGUAUUACAGCAGAUCGCCUUUAAGAAUCUGGUACAGAGGAACCAGGCCAGCGAAGCGUCAGCACAGUCGCCUCCCCCUCCAGGAUCUGUCAUCCAGCUUCCCUUUAUCAUCCUUAACACAGACGUCCGCACCGUCAUCGACUGCUCCAUCUCUAGUGAUAAGUGUGAAUACCUCUUUAACUUUGACAACACAUUUGAGAUCCAUGAUGACAUCGAGAUCCUGAAGCGAAUGGGCAUGUCUCUGGGGCUUGAGAACGGCACAUGCUCUUCAGAGAACCUCAACGUGGCCCAAUCUCUAGUGCCCAAGUCCCUGGAAGCGUAUGUCCUUGGAAUGGCCAGAAACUCCAACAGAACACCUCUCAGUCACACAAAUCACAGCAGCACUGCCCCGUCACACACCUCAGAGUCUCGGGGUCAAACACCCAGCUCCUUCAACGAGGAAGAGGACGACGAGGACGAUGACAAUCCCUCUUCCCCAGAGUGAGCAUCCGCUCAGCGGGACAUCAGCCGUCACUGUCUACGCCGGGACAGGAUUCCCGAGCAGUGCCGGGGAGGAACGCCACACAGGAAAUAAGCUGCCACUCCUCGCUAUAUUACAAUAUUUUUAACUUCCCUCACAAUCUGUCACUUCCUCUUUCUCAGUUUUCGGCAGAAGACUUUGGCUCGCGGAGAAACAGUUGGGUGUGUUUCUCAAGUGCUUUUCUAUGCUAGCAGUUAAUGCGAGAGCUGCAGGUCGGGCUGUAGAGGAGGGGGAAAAAGUGAAGGUUAACAUUUGUCAUUAAAGAUCCGAUGUUUAAUUUCCUUAAUGUCAUUGUUCUUACUUUCUCCACGGCUUAUCCAGAAGACUUUCAGAUUCUUUCUGAAAAUGUAUUUAUUUCGGUCAUAUUGGAAUGUGACAAUAUAUGAGUGGGCUAGUGCCACUUUAUUUUCUUGGCCGUGGGGAUCGGAUAAGCAUUGGAAGCCUGGAUUGGAAGCUACCCGCAUUCAAAACGGAAAAUGGUUCUUUUUUUAUAAGUGGAUUUUGUUGUAUUGCAUAGUUUAUUCACUGUCUUUAUUGAAGGACAGUAUCGAUGGUUGUCAUCAGCUGUUCUGGGUUCAUGUAGCUUAGAGCAUUCUGCUUCAAGCUGUUUGAAUGUUGCAUGUUAGGAGAUUUUGGUAGUCUGUGUGAGUGUGAUGAUAAAAACAUUUUUGUUGAAAUUCAGAGUGGCCAAUACAAAGGGGAAAAUUCCCUGAUCCACUCAGGUCGCAUUUUAAACUGACUUCAAUCAACAGAAUAACUCCUAUGACUUUUUGUUUUGCAACUGUAACUGUAUGUACAUGUAUACAUAUAUAAACAUAUAAUUUUGGUUA